AUGGACGCCGUCUUUCCUACAAUCAACUAUCUUUAUUCCUUUCUUCCUCUAUUUGUCUUCUAUUUGGUUCAUCUGCGUGCCCAACAACCAACUGCCCCCAGAGGAUGUCGCCGACUCGGUCUCCCAGCAGAUCGCAGUAAUCUUCAAGAUGAAUAUGAUCCCAAAUACAGCCAGGGAGUACCUGAGACUCAAACCGACGCAAAAGGGUGCCCAUCCUGGCGCAUCAAAGCGCUCUUCACAUACCCGAUCAAGAGCUGCACUGGCGUUGAGCUCGACGUGGCCGACGUCGUCCCCACCGGACUGCAAUAUGACCGACAAUUCUGCUUCGCCGAAUACAUGAUUCCCCAGGGGUCUGCUAGCAAACCACACUGGACGGCGCGAACUAUGCGCGAAGGUCCCUUCUGCCGCCUGGCGCUCAUCCGCCCCGAGAUCUGGAUCCCAGACCCUGCAGCGCCCGAUUACCAUCCCGAGCUCGAGGAGGUGAAAUCGCAAGGCGUGCUACUCAUUAAGUACCCUCGCCCAGCAGGCACUGGCUUUCUCUCCUCCCUCAAAAAGCUGGCUAUUCGUCUGGGUCUCAUCUCCCGCGACCUCUCCUUCCGCGUCCCACUCUAUCCCCCUUCAUCACAUCUAUCAAUCUACCCAUCCGCCCCCGUCAAAGUCUGGAAAGACGCCCCCUUCGCAUUCGACUACGCGCAGCACGUCCCUACUUCCCUGCGCGACUUCCUCUGCCCAUCAGAUUCCUCCCCUCGAGGACCUCUAACCCUCUUCCGCGUCGACCCGUCCCACCACCGCGAGAUCUUCCGCUGCGCGCCACGCAAAGAGGACCUCGGCUUCCAGACCGUCACCGGCUUCGCGGACGCCUACCCACUACACCUCCUAAACGUCGCCAGCGUACAGGACGUCGCAGAAAGAUGCUCGCAAUGGAUCCCACGACUCUCGAUCCGGCGGUUCCGAGCGAAUAUCAUCGUCCAGGGACCGAGCGCGUUCGCGGAAGACGCGUGGAAGCGGAUUCGCAUCGCACCGAGUCCAGGUUCUAUCUCGUCCUUGCAAGGCGUGGAGAUCUACACCGUCUGCCGCACGAUGCGCUGCAAGCUUCCGAACGUGGACCCCGACACGGGCAUUCGGCAUCGCAACGAGCCCGAUCGCACGCUCAAGUCCUAUCGCUGUAUUGAUCCCGGCGAUUAUACGAAUGCGGCGCUAGGGAUGCAGCUUGUUCCGGCUGUGGAGGAAUUCACUCUCUCGGUCGGUGACGCGGUGUCUGUGGUUGAAACGGGAGAGCAUUUUUAUAUCAAGAUGUUGGCGCCGGGCGAGAAGGUUGAGGGGGUUUAA